AUGUCUAAAAAUAUUCCACCCGAUCAUGUACGACUUCUUCGACAAUUUGUUACUUUAUGUGAAGCUCAACCUGAUAUGCUUCUAGCACCUGAACUUGAAUUCUUUCGUCAAUGGCUUACUAAAUUAGGAGCAUCAAUUCCAAGUGAUUCGAGUCAUCAUACUUCAGAAUCGAAAACAGAAGAAAAGGAAACAACUCAUGCUGAUCAUGAAAGUACUUCAUCAUCGAAAAGUCAUGAAGAACCACCAAAAGUUGAAACUGAUUCAGGGAGUGAAUUGGAAUUGGAUACAACUGGUGUAAUUGAAGGUGAUCAUGAGCCACCACAAUCAAUGGGUGAUCCUAACAUCGAAGUGACAGAUGCCAUGUUAGAACAAGCUGAUGUCAAACGAGGUGAAGCUCAGGCGAAACUUUCUGAAGGUGCAAUUGAAGAAGCUAUUUCUUUGUUUACGCAAGCUAUUGAAAACAAUCCACAAUCGGCUAUUCUACAUGCGAAGCGUGCUCAAUGCUAUAUUAAACUUCAAAAGCCAAAUGCAGCUAUACGUGAUUGUGAUCGUGCUUUAGAACUUAAUGAAAAUUCGCAACAAGGACUCAAGUGGAGAGGAAAAGCCCAUCGCAUGUUAGGCAAUUGGGAAGCAGCUUACAAAGAUUUUUGUAAAGCACAAUUGUCUGAUUUUGAUGAAGAUGUUCAAAUUUGGUGUAAAGAAGUCGAAGUGAACGCUAAGAAGCUUACUGAACAUAAACGUAAACAUGAACGUCGCCGAGAAACAAAAGAAGCCGAUGCUAAACGAGAACGGGUUCGUAAAGCUCAAGAAGCUUAUGCAAAAGCACAGCAAGAAGAAAAUGAACGACGAGCACAAGAACAACAAGCACGUUUUCCAGGCGGUCAACAAUUUCCAGGAGGUCAACAAUUUCCAGGAUUUCCAGGAGGUAUGGGUGGCAUGGGCGGAAUGGGCGGCAUGGGUGGAAUGGGCGGCAUGGGUGGUGGAGCUGAUUUAGGAGGUUUAGGAGCCGUUAUGAACGAUCCAGAAAUAUUGGAAGCAUUACAAGAUCCCGAUGUACAACAGGCUUUCUCGGAAGUCAGUGCCGAUCCUUCGAAAUUAGCUGCUCAUCAGAGCAAUCCUAAGGUCCGUAAAGUCAUGGAGAAACUGGCUAGCAAGUUUGGUGGCGCUGGUGGACCCAUGGGUGGUGGUUUUCCCAAUUUUCCAGGUGGAAUGGGUGGUGGAGCAGCUGAUGCCAAUGACCUCGAUUGA